GUUUAUUUUUUUUUGAGACUUUUGUGUUUUAUAUGUUUUUGUAUUUUCUUUUUAAUGUUUAGUUGUAUGUUUUGUUUGUGUAUUUUACUCAAUUUGUUUUUAUAUUUUACUAACUUGUUUUUGUAUUUUACUCAACUUGUUUUUGUAUCUUAUGUUUUUUGAAGGUUUAUUUGUUUCAUUUUAUAGAAACAAUACAACAUCAUAAACUUUUACAACAAUUAACCAAAGAAAAGUUUGAUGUUGGAAUAGCAGAAAUGUAUGAGUAUUGCUCUGCUGCACUUUUUCAUAAACUAGGCGUAAAAACAAGGCUGGCAGCAUUUGCAAUCCCCUUUUUGCAGAUAGUUGGUAGAAAAUUUGACAUUCCUAGUUUUGCUAGUUUCGUGCCAAACUCUUUCGCCUCACAUUUGGGCCUACAAUCUUCUUUUUACUACAGAUUUUUUAAUUUUUACAACGAAUUUUAUGACUGGAUUUGGAUGGAUAAUUAUAUUCUGAGAGAAGAGGAACCGAUGAUUCGUCAAGAAUUUGGCUCAGACUUCCCAAAUUUAAAAGAUUUAUUAAAAAAAGUUUCUCUUGUCUUUGUCAACUCAAACCCCUUCUUUGAGAUGCCUAGACCAACCUCCAACAAAGUUGUUUAUAUUGGUGGGUUGGUGGAUAAUUUGGCAACUGAGGCUAAUAAAAAAUUGGAACCAAAAAUUAAAAAAUUAUUGGACGAAGCAGUUGAAGGCGCAGUCCUUUUCUCGUUUGGAUCAAUUGCUGACACGACCAAAUUAAAUUUAAAAAUUAUAGAGGGAAUUGUAAAUGCUUUUAGACGAUUCCCUAAUAUUCAAUUUAUUUGGAAAUUGGAUUCUGAAACAAUAAAAAAUAUGUCUGAGUUAAUUAGCCCUGUAUCCAAUGUUCAUACUUUUGAGUGGCUUAGACAACCAGCUAUUUUAGUUCAUCCCAACUUGAAAGCAUUUAUUACUCAUUGCGGACAAAACAGUCUAACCGAAUCAGUGUAUGCUGGUAUUCCUAUUAUCGGUAUUCCCCUUUUUGGGGAUCAAUUUUACAAUGCUGAUGUUGCCGUUUCACAUGGUAUAGGGCUACAGAUAGAUGUUAAUGAAUUGAAUGGACCGAAUGCCGAAAAUAUUUUAUUUGAGGCUAUAGAAAGGGUCCUCAAAGUCCCCUCAUUUCGCCAGAAUGCCCAAAUAUUAUCCAAAAAAUUAAAAUUGACUCCAUUCAAACCAAAAGAUAGGUUAGUAAAAUGGGUUGAAUUUGCAGCAGAAUUUGACGAUUUAUCAGAACUUGAUUUGCCUGGAGACAGGGAAUUAAAUUGGUUUAUUUAUUAUUCUGUGGAUGUUAUAACAUUUUCAAUUGGAUCUUUGGCUGUUAUUUUGGUGGUUGUUUGGAAAUUUACAAAAUGGAUUUUGAUUAAAUUUUGGCAAAUUUUGUGUCCGAGAAAUAUAAGAAUAGAAGAAAAGAAGCUUAAUUAA